UCCGCUGCUGUGUGUCACAGUGUGAUGCAGCCAGUGAAGUGUGGGCAUGUCUGCGGGCUGGAGGCCGCUGUUUCGCUCCGGGUUUCUCGGCGGGUUUGUUUGGGGUGCUGCUGUCUCGACUGCAUCAUGUGCCACAGCGCUGCGUCUUUAUCAGCGCACAGACUGCGCUCAGUUUCCAGAGGAGGACGGCAGUGAAGCACUGGAAGAUCGAGAGCUUUGUCGAUAUGGCCUGCCAUUGACAGGUGCAGAAAUUCGAUAUUACUCAAACCACACGUUAUCCUAUGAUCAGACCAAAAGAAUACCGAGGUGGGUGUUGGAACACAUCUCCCAUGAAAAGUUGUUUGGAAAGGCUGAUCGGAAGCACUGCAGGUUUAAGCCUGAUCCCCAUGUCCCUCUUCUCUUCACGGCUGUGAAUGAGGACUACCUGGGGAGCGGCUGGUCUCGGGGGCACAUGGCUCCAGCCGGGGACAACAAGUGCUCAGGGCAAUCGAUGGCAGAAACAUUUUACCUGUCUAACAUCGUGCCACAAAACUUUGAAAACAAUGCAGGAUUCUGGAACAGGCUGGAAAUGUACUGCCGGGAGCUGACAGAGAGGUUUGACAAUGUGUGGAUCAUUUCAGGACCUUUGACCUUGCCAGAAGUGGGGAGUGAUGGGAAGAAAGCAGUCACCUACCAGGUGAUUGGGAAAGGUAAUGUGGCAGUACCCACACACCUUUACAAAGUCAUUCUGGCACAAAGGAGUGACACUUCUUCUGAGCCCUUAGCACUGGGGGGCUUUGUGGUGCCCAACAAACCAAUAGGCUUUGACCGUCCACUGACAGAGUUCCAGGUGAGUCUUGUAGACCUGGAGAAGAUGAGUGGGCUGAGCUUCUUCCCCCUACUAGAUAAGACCCAACCAGUCCAGAACAUCUGCGAAGCAGACACCUGCAAGCUGAUGGGCUUCAAGGAGUUCACUCUCUAUAUAACCAGCCGCAAGGUGAGCAGCGCCAGGACUCUGCCCAAGCUGGAGAAAGCCAUGUCUGAGCUGAAGGGGCUGGCCAUUGAACCGGAUGCUUAUCUCCUCAGUCUGUACGAAACUAAGAAGAAGGAGCUGGCGGGUGCCGGGAGCCGGGAAGACAAGUCUGGAUGAUUAGCAAAGCUGGACACUGCAGAAGGGCACAAGCUGUCAGCACAUGAAUUCUGAACUGCAAGGGUCUGAGUGUUGAUUCUGUAGAGCACAUUUUAUUGUUAAUGUUUUUUUUUUUAAUUUGUGUCCAGUCCAGAGACAGUCUGCAGUUCUCAAACUUCUCUUUUAUUAAAGGCUAAGUUAUGCCCAA